CGUCUCCGCGCUAUAUAAAUCUUGUUGACUCCGACAGGAAAAAUCUCCUUUCUUCUUCCUUUUUUUUAAUCCCAAAUCCGAUUGCUCUCUCUCUCUCACUCACUCUCGUUAGCUCUUCUGUGUCAAUCUCCCUCUCUCCUCCCUCCACAUCCAGUCGCCUGGCUUUUGAGGGUUUUUUCUGUGAUGGAAAAUGGCAUUGGCAUUGCAGAGGAUGCCAGGCUAGAGGAGAGGAACAGUGAAAACUCCGAUGGUCCGGAGCCUAGUGUGAAGGAAAAUGUUCGUUCGAGUUUGGAUGGAUCGAACUGCUCUCAUGAUGGAGUAAUCGAAGAGGAUGUUGUGGACAAAACCCGGAUCAGCGGUGCAGGAGAUGAGUUAAAUACUGAUGUGGAAAAUUCUGAACUAAUAGGGACUUUGGAAGGAAAUCCGGAUAAAUUUAUGGUUAUGAGUGGUGUCACUGUCAAUCCUGAUAUUUUAAAGAGUGAGGAAAAUCAUGAUGGCCAUGAUGCCGAGGAUGGUGAUUAUAAAGAAAUUGUUGAGUCGUCUGUCAUUACUGGUCAAGCUGAGAAGUUGGAGAAGUCCAAUCAAGAGCUUGAGGAUGGCCAGUCAGAUAAGAAAAAAAGCUUUCUUGAAGCUUUGAUUUCUGGAGAUGCGAAAGAUGCUGACGCGUACAAUACAGAAAAAUUGAUUCCCGAGGACCCAGGAACUUCAGAAUCCACUGAGGUAAUCAGAGCUCAGAGCCAUCCUGAGAAGCCUGAAGUUGAGAAAUCUCAUCCCACGAUAACAAAAAUUCCAGAUGACAGGAAAUUAGGAGAUGGCGCUGCUUCCUGCAAUCAUGAAAAUGGUACAUCAGGCCAUGAGGAUUUGGUAGGCAGUUUGGAUCAUGAAAGCGUGAAGAGUGAACCUGUUGAUUUACCGGAAGAUCAUAUUCGUGAGAUAUCAGUGGAUAUUAAAGAUCAAAAUGGUGUAACAGAAAGUGAAGCUGGUAUUAGGCCAGAGUCUGAGUCAAUUGAAACUGAUGCUCUUGACAACGAACAGAAGGCUGUUCCGGGUAAUAUGCAUGCUCGAGAGUAUCAGGUUGGGGACGAGGCGGAGGAAAAGUUAUGUAUUUCUUCUGCCAAUCCCAAAGAUGUUGAGACCAUUGAAUCGAAGACGGUAGACGUUGAAUCUAUGCAAGGUGAUAAUAUUGAAACUCAGCAUGUGGAUCAAAAUGAAAAAAAUUCUACUUCGAUUUCAGAUACUUCAGAUACUGAUCAUGCUAAAGAACGUACUGGAGUUGAAACUAACUUGCAUGCUGUCGAUGAUUCCAACAUCGUCAAGGAGAUAGCAGAAGUUAUCCCUCAAUCCAGCUCACCUGAGUUAUCAGCAAAAGGUUCUAGUCAUUCUCAGCCAAAACUUACCAAUGAUAGUGCUGAAGCGUCUGCAAAAAUUAACGAAAUACCUGAACAGGCAGGAAAGGAAGAUGAAAAACCUGAAGUAUCUUUGUUGGGGAAUAAAGAUGAACAGCAGGAAGCAUCUUUGUCUGGAAAUAAACAACAGAAAGUCAGACCAAGUAUCGAUAACUUAUCAUCUGCUGGAAAUUCUUCCACAGCUGCCUUUUCACCUGCUCGUCCAGCCAGCUUGGAGGAUGCUUCUGAGGUACAGGAACCUGUAACUCGGGAUAAUACAGCAAUUGCAGCUCAGGAGCCUAAACCUGCAGCAGACAAAUCCUUCUCGGCCCAAUCUGUAGCUACCCAUUCUUCUGGAGUUGGGCAUAAUAAUCUGUCGGAACCUACUCCUCAAAAUAUUAACCACAGGUCCAGGUCCGCAACUGAUACAUCGUCUACAAACAGUAACUCUGCAACUCCUGCUCGUCCUGCUGGCCUUGGCCGUGCUGCACCACUAUUGGAACCCAGCUCUCGGGUAGUGCAGCAGCCCCGGGCAAAUGGAGCUGCUUCUGCUACGCAGAACCAACUUGUUGAGGAUCCCACCAAUGGGGAAACUGAAGAGUAUGAUGAGACUCGUGAAAAGCUCCAGAUGAUUCGUGUCAAAUUUCUACGUCUUGCACGUAGACUUGGUCAGACUCCACAUAAUGUUGUUGUGGCUCAGGUCUUGUAUAGGUUGGGCUUGGCCGAACAGCUCCAUGGGAGAAGUGGGGGACGUGGUGCUACGUUUAGCUUUGAUCGUGCGAGUGCAAUGGCCGAGCAGCUUGAAGCAGCUGGACAAGAACCCCUGGAUUUUACAUGCACAAUCAUGGUUCUUGGGAAAUCAGGAGUUGGCAAAAGCGCAACUAUUAAUUCCAUAUUUGACGAGGUAUUUUUCGGGACCGAUGCUUUUGAGUUAGGCACGAAGAAGGUUCAGGAUAUUGUCGGGAAUGUGCAAGGAAUCAGGGUGCGUGUGAUCGAUACCCCUGGACUUCUGCCUUCUUGGUCAGACCAACGUGAAAAUGAAAGAAUCCUUCGUUCGGUCAAAAAGUUUAUUAAGAAAACACCCCCUGAUAUUAUUUUGUAUCUGGAUAGGUUGGAUAUGCAAAGCAGAGAUUUUGGUGAUAUGCCGUUGCUGCGGACAAUCACCGAAACAUUUGGACCUUCUAUCUGGUUCAAUGCCAUUGUUGUACUUAGUCACGCUGCAUCUGCUCCACCUGAAGGGCCCAAUGGCACUGCAACAAGUUAUGAUAUGUUUGUGACGCAGAGGUCGCAUGUUGUUCAGCAAGCUGUACGUCAAGCUGCUGGAGAUAUGCGGCUAAUGAAUCCCGUUUCUUUGGUGGAGAACCACUCAGCUUGCAGGACUAACCGAGCCGGGCAGAGGGUGUUGCCCAAUGGUCAGGUCUGGAAGCCGCACUUGUUGCUUCUGUCAUUCGCUUCAAAAAUCCUUGCUGAAGCAAAUACACUCCUGAAGUUACAAGAUACGCCUCCUGGGAGGCCUUUCGCCCCGCGAACAAGAUCGCCUCCAUUACCGUUUCUUCUUUCAUCUAUUCUCCAAUCAAGACCUGAAGUUAAACUUCCAUCCGAGCAAUUUGGUGACGGAGAUGAUGACGAUAUAGAUGAUGGUUUAGAUGAAUGCUCAGACGAAGAAGAAGAUUCGGAAUACGAUGAAUUACCUCCAUUCAAACCACUGUCUAAAGCUCAGCUGGAGAAGCUUAGUAAGGUGCAAAUAAAGGCAUACUAUGAUGAAUUGGAAUAUAGAGAGAAACUUUUCAUGAAGCAGCAGCUCAAGGAAGAGAGGAAGCGGCGGAAGAUGAUGAAGAAAUUGCACGAAGAAGCUAAGAAUAUGCCUUCUGAUUAUGGCGACAAUGGCGAAGAAGAGACCUCUUCUGCUGCAUCUGUUCCCGUUCCUAUGCCUGACUUGGCCUUACCCGCUUCAUUUGAUUCUGAUAAUCCAACUCAUAGGUAUCGUUCUCUUGAUUCCUCGAACCCCUGGGUUGUUAGGGCUGUCCUAGAACCCAAUGGCUGGGAUCACGACAUUGGAUACGAUGGCAUAAAUGUCGAGAGAUUAUUUGUGGUCAAGGAGAAGGUCCCGAUAUCUUUCUCUGGUCACAUUUCAAAGGAUAAAAAGGACGCGAACCUUCAAAUGGAAUUUGCAAGCUCAGUUAAGCAUGGAAAAGGAAAAGCAACAUCUCUAGGGUUCGAUAUGCAAUCUCUUGGAAAGGACUAUGCUUAUACUCUACGAAGCGAGACGAGAUUCAGCAACCACAGAAUAAAUAAGGCAAUUGCUGGUAUCUCAGGUACUGUUUUGGGAGAUGUGGUAACUGCUGGAAUGAAGUUGGAAGAUAAAUUGAUAAUUGGGAAACGCGGGCAGAUUGUUGUGUCUGGGGGUGGUAUUUAUGGUCGAGGGGAGGUCGCGUAUGGAGGUAGUUUGGAGGCAACCCUGAGGGACAAAGACCAUCCGUUGGGACGCUUUUUAUCAACCUUUGGACUUUCGAUCAUGGAUUGGCAUGGAGAUGUUGCUAUCGGGUGCAAUUCCCAGACGCAGAUCCCUGUUGGGCGACAUUCAAAUUUGUUUUUUCGUUUCAAUAUCAAUAACAAGGGCUCGGGGCAGUUUAGCCUGAAGGUCAACAGUACAGAGCAGCUGCAGAUAGUAUUAGUCGCCCUAGUCCCACUGGCGAAAAAGAUAUUGGGCUAUUCUCAACAAUCACAGUACGCGUAAGGAUGAAAGCGGAUAGACGAAGAUAGCAACUCUCAUGGCGUACACAUUGCAAGAUCAGCAGGCGACAUAGGUAGGUAGAAGAAAUGAUACAGAAUCGAACCAGGAAGUCGCCUUUGGCCCUGCUCAAGAAGCUGUGCUUGAUCUGAGCAGAAAGACUCCACAUUCUUAGGUUACUUUGAAGAACUUAGCUUUUCAUUAAUGGUGUAUUGUUUUGGGAUUUGUUCUAGUUCAGAAUUUUGUAGCUGUUUCGAUUAAAUGAGGAUAUGUUUUAUGUGUGUUGAGUUUGA